CCGGUAUUUAACCUUGCUACCCAGGCCGGUUGGGAAAUUUGUACUUUCACUCGGAACUUGAAUACUUCUUGUGCUGUGUGAAUCGGCGUGUCGUGUUGUGAUUAUGGCGUUCUUAUCUAACAAGAGCUCAAUAGCUGCGGCCUUACGAUCUCAUUUCCAGAAGACGGAAGAUCCGGUUUCUCUGUCGCGUCGUAGGUUGCACGUUGAACCAGGGGCUCGUGAGAAAGCCCUGCUGGCGGAAGACCCAAUUCUCAAGAAAUACAAAUCGAAUAAAGAUGGUGCUCGACGGGUGAAAAGACUUGGGGAUGUUCUCACAAUUGUUGUUGCAGCAGGAUGUUGCUAUGAAAUUUAUGUCAGAGCAGUUAUGCGAGAAGAAGCUCGGAAACAGACAGGGACUGGCAACUGAAAUUUUGUGAUAGUGUGUCUUUGCUGGAGUCGUUUUUUUUUUUUUUUUUUAAUUUGGUUGACAACAAUCAUAGGCCACCUUUGAUUUUGGCCUAAUUGUUAAAAUAAGUUGAACAAAUAUGUCAUAAAAAGCUUGAUGUUCUGCUAAUCACAUCUUGAUUCCCACCUUUCAUGAAAAUAACUUAUAAUUUCAA